AGGAAGCAUACCGUUCCAUCCAUCGUACGCUUGUCCGCGCUCUGCGCUCAUUUCUGCACAUACGGUACCUUUCUUUGAGCGAUGAGACUGGUUGGGAGGGGAACAGAGAAUCCCACCGAUACCAAAGGUCACCUUCAAAAGCGCGCCCUGAGCCGACGCACUCUCGGUUUCGGAUAUCGACGGAACGCGUCGAGGUCAGUACAAAUAUUCCAUCGUCGGCCGCGUCAGGGUGCACACACGAAUAGUGACUCCGUCAUCGGUGCUACAUUCCGGUAGUUUCCAUCAGUUAGCAAUUAAAACUCCUACGGUGAAUUACACCUACGUUUAAAUUCCCCUUUCUACAACACAGUUCUACAGUUCGUCAAAAUGUCUGAAGUGAAAGCUAAGCUGCUUACCCAGAUUGCCGAACCGAUGACCUCGUCUGGCAACAAGGUCACCGUUGUCGGUAUUGGCCAAGUCGGCAUGGCCUGUGCAUUCAGUAUUCUAACCCAGAAUGUGUCCAGUGAGGUUGCUCUCAUUGAUGUCAACGCAGACAAACUGCAGGGUGAAAUGAUGGAUCUGCAGCAUGGCUCUGCCUUCAUGAAGAACGCUCACGUCAGUGCAGGCACCGAUUUUUCUGUCUCUGCUGGCUCUCGUUUGAUCGUCAUUACGGCCGGCGUGCGUCAGAAGGAGGGCGAAAGCCGACUAGACCUUGUCCAGCGUAAUACCGACAUCCUGAAGGGUAUUAUCCCCAAGCUGGUCGCCCAAAGCCCGGACUGCAUUCUGUUGGUCGUCUCCAACCCGGUCGAUAUCCUUACCUACGUUGCAUGGAAAUUGAGUGGACUGCCCAAGAACCGUGUCAUUGGUUCCGGCACCAACCUUGACUCGUCCCGCUUCCGCUUCCUGAUGUCGCAAAAGCUGGGCGUCGCUCCCACCUCGUGCCACGGUUGGAUCAUCGGCGAGCACGGUGACAGCAGCGUGCCAGUGUGGUCCGGUGUGAACGUGGCCGGUGUUCGUUUGGCCGAAAUUAACCCAAGCAUCGGUACCGAUGCCGAUACAGAAAAGUGGGGUGAUCUGCAUCAUCAUGUUGUUAACAGCGCGUACGAAGUCAUUCGUCUGAAGGGCUAUACAUCCUGGGCUAUUGGGCUUAGCGUAGCUUCCCUAGCGUCUGCUAUUUUGCGGAACACUUACAACGUCCAUGCCGUUUCGACGCUGGUUAAGGGUGAGCACGGAAUUGAUGACGAAGUCUAUCUAUCGCUGCCAUGCGUGCUGGGCCGUAACGGCGUUAGCCACGUGGUGAAGCAAAUUCUUACGCCAGAAGAAACGAAGAAGCUGCAGGCAUCCGCCACCCUGAUGGCGCAAGUUCAGUCUGGAAUCAAAUUCUAAGCACUUCGAUUGCCAUAGCUAAGGCUAAAAAUGUUAUUUAUUGUCAAAACCAAAACGUACGUUAAGCUAGCUACAAACAAGCACUGAAGCAUCUGAUCCCUUCUCUGUCCAGUGUCGGAUCAUUAAGCCCCCGCACCACGCGUUAGGAAAUAAUUCAAUUGCACGAUCCAUAAAUGUCCUUUUGCCUCCCAAGAACAAAUGAUAUACAACAAAUAAAAUGAUAGAAAUAUUGCAGAGUGCAUUUCAUUUCACUCAGAAAAACAGCACAUCCUCCAGGGAUUAACUGACCGGGUAUUGUACUGUUCUUGUAGGUAUUACAAACAACUAAUCUAGAAUGCAAAAAGUGACCGUAAAUGGGAUCGAUUUGAACCUAAAUGUGUAGAAUAAAUUUAGGCAACCAUUAGAAAAUUGUGUAAACUAACAAUGCAAACAAACUGCAUUUGAAAACAAAAACCAGCAAAAAACACACCACCCUACCUCGACUAGUGUUUAGGAGUCUCACAACAAUAUGGUAAUUCGGUUAUACACAUUGAUUGGAAGCGAGCGAAUUGGCCGUCAUUCGAACCCUUCUCACUCUACUCUGCACUUUGAUGCAACCCGAGAUUACGAAAUUGUUGAGCUCAUACGCAAAAAAAUUGAAAAUCAAACCCUUUUAAACUAGAAAUUUUAAUCUACUACUAGCAUCAAAUUUUCAGAUACAACGUACGAUGAGAAAUUCUGCAAAAUAAAUUAUUGUGAAGAAAACCCAGCAUCAAAAUUCAAGAACCCUGAUAUUGAAAAGAAAAUGAAAAAUUUUAGAUAUGAAUAAAAUAACCAUUUAAUAA